GACUGGAGCAAACCUCAAGGCGUGGACUAUAAUAACAUUAUCUGAGGCUGCUGGAUCGGGAAAACUCCGUCUUGCUGUUUUAUUGUGGAUAAUUGCAGGACGGCUCAUUAUUUAAAAAAAAACAUAGUCAUGACCAUCCAUCAAGGACGGACGUCAAUGCUUUUAUAUAUCCUAUGCUGAAAUCAAACGGUAGCUAAAUUAGCUUAAGUUAAUGCUAGCUUGCUAGAAGUUGAAGCUCCGUCGUUAUCAUUAGCGGGCUGAGUCUUAAAACAAGAAGCAGGGCAUUGCUUCUUCUUGCAAAGUUAAACGUAAACUAGCCAACAAGAUUUAAAACAUUAACACGCGGGACAAAAGGACAUGUUGGUGCCAGCAGAUGCCAAAGGGUAACGUUAAAACCUCCCACCAGCUGAUGGUAGUUUUGUAUUGCUAUGCUAGCAUAAUAAGCUAGCAUCAACAAGUCGGUCAUCUCUCACCGUUAGCUUUAUACAACCUCUUUUGGGCUAACGGUUGCUAGUGGCGUUACGCUCAAAUGCUGUUUGGAAGCUCAACAAUUACUCUCCUUUGGUAUUCGUGUUUAUUUGAUAAUGUGGAGUAUAGAGCCCACUUAAGUGUGUGGUUGGCUUCAGGCAACUAAACUAUUUACUUGAGAGGCAGUUUAGCAACAAAGCACCUGUCAACAGCAGACGGCCUACUUUAAUCCUAUCUGUCCGUCACUGAGAGCAGGCUGGGGACGCUUGUUGUACCGCUAUAGGACCUCCUGGGACAGUCUGACAAUAGAAAGAUGAAGUAGAAGAUGCCAAAGGAGAUGAUGGGGAUGUAAUGUAACCUCUGUGCAUUUCUUCUCCGAGUGACAGCAUGGAAUCUGAAAACAUGACCGACCCGUAUGAGGACAACCGUGAUGUCGAUCAAAGUCGUCAGUCACUCCGCAGUUCAAAGAAGGAUUCACGAUCAUCACACUUCGAAAAACGCAAAAAGAACUCCCGGGACAAUCUCAAGGACGAGGUGGAAAAAGAAAGCUGUGUUGAGAGUAGAUCGAAAACCCGAACCUGGCGUUCAGAUCCAGAUCGGGACCAGUUAUCAGACGGAGAGGGACGAAGAAGUAGUGGGUCGUUUUACUCAGACGACUAUGACAAUGAGUCUCCCUCAGAGCGCUCGAACUCACCAUACUCCCGGUCCCGGACUCCAACUGCUACUCCUCGGAGAAUGGUGCGUUCAAAAAGGAUUUCUAACAGCCCCCUCAAGACAGGAGGUGUGGGGCGUCGGGGUGUUUCUCGUCCACAGCGUCCAGGUGGCCACCCGCUGACCCAGCAUCAGCGCAGGGGAGUGCGUUCACAAAGCAAGGACUCCACGCCUCCCAAAGACCUGGACCUGGUGACCAAGAGGAUGCUCUCAGCCCGCCUGCUCAAGAUCAAUGAACUGCGUAACUCACUCGCUGAGCUGCAACAGCGCACUGAUGAGCUGCAGAAGGAAAAUCGAGUUCUCAGACAGCUUCAGGUGCGCCAAGAUAAAGCCCUGCAGCGCUACGAUGACACAGAAAGUGAGAUUUCCCAGCUGAUUUCGCGGCACAACAACGACACCCAAGUGCUGCGCGAGCGGCUCAGACGCACCCAGGAGCGGGAGCGGGCCGCUGAGCGCCGGAUGAAGGACAGCGAGGAGCAGCUGCAGAGGAGUCAGGCCACCAUCGCGCGGCUGAAGAAGCUCGUCGACCAGCGAGACUUAGGAGCCAGAGACGAGCUCAGCCGCAAGCUAGAGGAGGAGAAGACCCGGGCCCUAGAGGCAGAACGCAAGAUUAAGGAGCUGGAGCGUAGCAUGGAGCUAACAAGCGGCAGUUACCAGAGGCAGCUGGCUGCAGAGAAGAAGAAGACCAUCAGUGCCCAGGGCGAGAUCCGGACCCUGCAGGAGGAGCUGCAACGACUGACCAAUAAACUCAAGGAGAAGGAGAGAGAACUAGAUGAUAGGAACAUCUAUGCCAACCGCAUGAUGAAACCUGCCCCAAGGAAAGAUGUUGAGCGGAAAAUCCCCAGCAGGGGCAGCACUAAGGCAGUGCAGACUAAAGACAGGGCGCCCAGUCUGGAUUUCCCCACUCCUCCCCCUGCCAUCACUGAUACCAAUGGGUACAGUGAACAGGCACCUGAUGAGUAUCUAUCGCUCAAGCAGGAGUUUGCCGGUGUUGACAGACAGGUGGAGACAGAGGACCGACAUCUAAAGUGGGAACAGCAGAAGACAAGCAACAAAGAAAUAGUAGGAAACAAGGAGAAGGAGAACGAUAAAGAGCUGCAAAAAGAGGAGAAGCUGCAACUGAACCAGGAGCUAAACUUUCUUGAGGAGAAGGCAAAGCAACUAAGAGAAGAGGAGAAAAAAGAGAAAGAGGACAGGAAGAGGAUGAGUUCCCUGUUACGCCAGGAGGAAGAGAACAACAGGAAGCGGGGCCAUGUCCAGGAAGAGGUGGACAGGUGGAACCACGGGGCUCUGUCCAAUCGGCAAACGGCAGAGGAAGCACGUCGCACAAAAGAACUGCUGCUGGCUAAGAUGCGUGAAAUAGACCGCCAAGAGCACGGAUCUCAGGAUGCCAUUUUUGCUGAGUCUAUCCCUUCUGAGUCCAAUAAGACCACCAGUAACCACGCUUCUCCUCGUCUUCCUGAGCAGAGAAACUCUUCCGUUUUUAACCUCACAGAACCAGAAGAGUCGGCCGGUUUCCGUGCUGGAGGCGGGGACAGUGGAAGGAAGAGAUCAGGCAUGGAGGGUGGAACUGCCACAGCAGGAGUGGGAAGGAGAGCACUGCGGACACAAAUCUCCGGUGACGACCUGGCAUUCGGGAGCUACGCGCCUUCAUUCGGGAAUUCAGCUUCUCGAGGUUCUUCCGGCUUCCCUCCCCCUCCACCGAAACAGGACAGGGACUCGUCGUUAGAGGCGAUAGGUGUUUUUAGCCUCAGAGGGGUGGAGACAGAGAAAGAAAAGGACUCGGACGGAGGAGCGGAGAAGGACAGGAAGGCUAGCCUCAUGCAGCAACUAUUCGGAGCUCUGGCAACACCUCUGGGGGACAGUGUGAGCACAUACAAUAAGAUGGAGGUCCUCAAAAAUCCUCCAACUACCAACGGGGUGCGUAAAAGGGACGGACUACUCAGCUUCAACUCAGGGUCUUCUACUCCUCCAGCAUCCUCCCUCAACACCAUCCACGUGGCAGAUAGCAGGCCUGCCAUCCGUGCCAUCACCUCAUUUGAUGAUGACAUAGAGGAACUUACUUUAUGAAAAUAAUUUCGAUUUGAGGUAGUCAGGCUCAUAAAAGGCCAUCACUGAUGUCUGAAGUCACAAGAUGAGUCAAAAAUAUAGAUAAUAAUAAAGAGGGCGUCUUUGGCUCAGAUGGUAGAUGGUUGUCCGACAUCGGAAGGUCGAUGGUUCAAUCCCCAGGCUCUGCAGUCAACAUAAAUGCAGUCCAUUCACAAUAAACAUUGUCCUUAAAUGUAAGUCUUACCACUAUUUAUUUCACAACAAAAAUGUCCACAUCAUCAGCAGAAAAAAUUCUUUUUCUACAGAUUUUCUUAAAUAUUUUCCAACAAUAUAAAUGAAAAAUUAAAUAACUUGUGUGAAUGUUUUUAUGUAGAACAUUUAUGGUUUAAUGAGGUGUUGAUGAAACUGGUAAUACAGGGUUUUUGACCUUUUGAUGUUCAGCUUGUAAAUGUUGUGGACAGAGACUUGUUUCACUCCUGUUGUUCACUCAAAUAUUUAACAGAUGUGUGAUUCAUUAUUGGAUAUUAGCCCUGGAAAAGAGAUCUUCCAGUACUGUUAGUCUGGGGUUGCUGAUGUGAUUGUUUGGUUUGGACAUGUAUUUUAUGUUUAGGCUCUGUCAUUUUGAUUUAUUUUACAGUCCAUACCUCAAUAAUCUAGCACUAAGCAAUAUGACAAUCACUGUAUGAUCAGAGAUUCUUCCUGAAUGUCUGACAUCUAUAUAAAACAGGUUAUUUUUACAACUUUAUGAAAAUGGCAACUUUCUGCAGGUUUGUAACUACCAAUGUAAUCAUGAUAUUGAUUAAAAGUAACAUUACAGGGAACACUUAAAUGACCCGAACUACAUGUUGCUGCCCUGUUAUCAAAGGAUGGAAAUAUAUUAUUAUAGGCUCAAUGAAUGCUUCUGUAGUUGUGUGGGAAAUGAAAUCAAUCAAUUAAAUGUUGUGUUUGUAAACUACAUUAAAUGUAGUGGGGACGUAACAGGACCAUAGACUGUAUAUAUAAAGGUUUGGACAAAAA